GUGGGGCAGCUGCCCCCAGAGAUUCAGGGCUCCAAGGGAAAGUGGUGGGGCUCCAGCCUGCUGGCCUGACCCCAAGGACACCUCUGCUGUCCUGGUUAUGCUGCUUCCAAGGAACUGGGAUUUUAGCACCUAGAAAUCUGAAAUGUGGUUUGCAGUGCUGGGCUACUUUGCUCCCUGAAGAACCACGAGAGCUCGAGCUACCUUUGGACUUGGCUUUCAGCACCAUGCCUUGCUGAAUUCUAGCUUCUCUGUCUUGACUCCACUUGACACAGGACACCCCUUCUUCAAAAGCAGCAUUUACGAAGCCAAGAUAACACGGCAGCAUGCCAGCACUGCCACUGGAUGAGCUCCAGUUUACAGAGAAAGAUUCGCUGACCGGGAAGAUGAAAACUUUACCAGCACUGCAUCCAAAGAAGAAAACAGAGCGCUCUUUUGUGCUGUACAAGCCCCCACCAAAAGCCAAAGAUCUUGCGCUGCUGGAGGAGUUCUUGGAGCGAGCCACAUUUGUUGCCGAUGAUCUAGAUUGGCUUUUGGCCUUGCCUCAUGAUAGAUUCUGGUGCCAGGUGAUCUUUGAUGAGACAUUGCAGAAGUGCCUGGACUCGUACCUGCGCCAUGCCUCCCGCAAGUUUGACACAGUGGCAGACUUUCCCCCACAGGUGAAUGACCUACAGAAACGCCUUCAUCGGAGUGUUUUCCUGACCUUCCUUCGAAUGUCCACUCACAAAGAAUCCAAAGACCAUUUCAUCACACCAUCUGUUUUUGGAGAAAUCCUGUAUAAUAACUUCUUGUUUGACAUUCCCAAAAUCCUGGAUCUGUGUGUGCUCUUUGGAAAAGGCAACAAUGUUCUACUCAGCAAGAUGAUUGAAAACAUCUUUACUCAGCAGCCAAGCUACUUCAGCGACCUGGAUGAAACUCUGCCUACAGUCCUUCAGGUAUUCAGCAAUAUCGCGCACAUGUGUGGCUUGCGGGGUGACAGCGCUUCAGCCACCCCACAGAAGUUGGAGGAAAGGGUCAGCACGAGUCCUGAGGACAUUCCUCUGCAGGAGCUGAAGGAUAUUGUACUGUACCUGUGUGACACCUGUAUCACCCUUUGGGCCUUCCUGGAUGUCUUUCCAUUGGCGUGCCAGACAUUCCAGAAACACGACUUCUGUUACAGGCUGGCGGCAUUUUACGAGCUGGUGAUACCUGAACUGGAAUCUGUGAUUAAGAAGAGGCGGCACGAGGACAGCAGUUUGCUGUCUGAUUUAUGGAGGAGGCUGUCUCAUUCUAGAAAGAAGAUGGUGGAAAUGUUCCAUAUAAUUAUAAGCCAGUUGUGCCUUCAACCCAUUUUGGAGAGCAGCUGUGAUAAUAUUCAUCCUUACAUCGAAGACUUCCUGCAGAUCUUCACGUCGGUACUUCAGGAGAAGAGGUUCCUCCGUGACUACGAUGAGCUUUUUCCCGUAGCAGAGGAUGUGAGCCUCCUGCAGCAAGCCUCCUCAGCCUUGGAUGAGACCCGGUCAACGUACAUCCUGGAAGCCGUGGAGAGUGCCUGGGAGGGAGCGGAGAGGAGGAGGAAAGGGGCUCCAGGCAGCCCCCUGCCAGAAGCUGCAGCUGGAGGCUCUGCAGCGGUGCCACCCAGCAGUGCCGAGGACUUGGAGGGGCUCAGCCUGCGGGAUCCUUGCGAGCAUGCCGGAGCAGCUGCGGCCCCAGUAGCCAAGGUCUCUGGGGUGGAGCUGGACUCCCUGAUCUCCCAAGUAAAGGACCUGCUGCCUGACCUUGGAGAAGGCUUCAUCUUGGCCUGCCUGGAGGAGUAUGACUACAGUGUUGAGCAGGUGAUCAACAACCUUCUGGAGGACAAGCUGGUAGCAUCCUUGGGGAAGCUGGACCGAGCAAUGCCCAGGCCAGUGAAAACGGACCCAACCCCUCUGGUCACCUCACGAUACAAUGUUUUCCAGAACGAUGAGUUUGAUGUUUUCAGCAAGGACUCUGUGGAUCUGUCCCGUGUGCAGAAAGGCAAGAGGAGCGAGAGAGUCACCACCAAAAGCUUGCUCAAUGACAAGCGUGUUGUGACUGAGCAGAGGGAGCGCUACAGCCAGUACUCUGUGAUCGUGGAGGAGCUUCCCGAGCAGAGUGGGGUGGGCCCUUUUGGCCGGGAUUACGACGACGAGUACGACGACACCUAUGACGGCAACCAGGUGGGCGCCAACGACGUCGACUCAGAUGACGAGCUGAUCAGCAGGAGGCCUUUUACAAUCCCUCAGGUCCUGAGACCAAAAGAGCAGCAGGAAGAAGAUGAGGAGGAGGAGGAGGAGGAUGAGAAGGAGGCUGCAAAGGACCACUUUGUGCAAGACCCAGCGGUGCUGAGGGAGAGGGCUGAGGCUAGACGGAUGGCCUUCCUCGCGAGAAAAGGACAUAAGCCGGACAACUCUGCCACUGUUGUGGGCAGUGCGAAAGGCCACGGCCAGAACCGAGAGACAGUCCAGGAGCGCAGGAAGAAGGAAGCCAACAAAGGGGCCAGGGCCAAUCACAACCGGCGCACCAUGGCCGACAAGAAGCGCAGUAAAGGUAUGAUCCCAUCCUGAAGACGUGGCUAAGAGGGGGCUGGCAGGGCCCCGGGCACUGCCCCCACCGUAGAAGACCGCUUUCCCCCCUGAAGGGGGAGGUUCCCGCACCUGCAGAGGAGCUGCCCAGGCAGACUGAAUCGACAUGUAGCCGUCGGAAUCUCAUUACAAUGAACUGCAGCAGCUCUGUGUCGUGUUUUUUGUAGAGACUGGGCCAGGCACUUUUUAGUCGCCACCGAGCAACCUUCCCCAGGAGUCCUGCUAGGAAUGCCGCGCUGCCGCUGGAGCAGCCCGUUUCCUCUAGCCCAGCAGGCCCUUCUGAUGACCCCCACGCAGGUCUUGGUGGGAUGCCCACAAGCAGGGGGAAGUGGGGCAGCCCUCUACGCAGGGCUGCCGCCCUAUCAUGCCUAGCAGGUGUGACCCUUGGCCCUGCUGGCUGGGGAUGAUGGAAGCUGCAGUCCAGCAUCCCUGAGGACUGCUGGGUUGGGGAACGCCCUGCUAGCAUUCUGUGUACGGGAUGGGGCAUCUAGCUGUGUGCUGCCACUGCUCCUGGAGCCAGGGGCACUGCAUCCUAGCCCAGUGGGCCAGUGUAGCUGGCCUGGGGUUCUUCUAACCGCCCAGCAUUGGGUGGCCUCUCACUUCUGGAAAACCACUUACCCCCGCCAUGAAGGCUGUGUGGCGAGGGCUUCAGAAACGAUGAAGCAACACAUUGGUUAUAUGCCUCUUGGCACCAGCUGUGCAUGACGGGCCUAUGUUUGAUCUGUUGCAUGUCCAGAGAGGGCUGGAAAAACUCCUGCCUGGAAGCUUGGAGAGCUGCUGCCAGUCUGUGUUGACCACGGUGGGCUAGACAGACUGAGGCCUCACUCAGCAUCGUCACUGUUUUGCAUUUAUAUCCUGCCCUUUUCCCCUUGCACGGAACUCAAGGCAGCCUACAUAGCCCUCCACUCCACUCCACUCCACUCCACUCCACUCCACUCCACCGUCUCAACCACCCUGUGAUGUCGGUGAAGCUGAGGAGUGGCGACUGGCCCAAAGUUACCCAGUGAGCUUCAUGGCUGAGUGGGGACUGGAACCCAGCUCUCCCAGGGACUCAGGCCAGCACUCUAACCACUGUGCCACAUUGGCUGUCAAAGGCAGCUUAUGUUCUCCCUCCCCUUGGCUCCUCCCCCACAAAAAAGUCCUUGAGGUAAGGAGGAACGUGGGCUCAGAGGACCCACUUCUAUGGAACCCACCGCUUCCCACCUCUUCUUCUAUUAAGAUUUAUUAAGGCCCCACCUAUUUUCAGCUUCCCAGGUAAUUGUGAUCCAUUUUGAUUUCAUGAGGGUUUACUGCUUUCUCUUUAUUAAACUGUGAGGGGAGGCCAUAAAGAAGCCGAAAUGUAUUGCUUGUAUCAAACCAGCAAAUUUCUCUGCAAUGCUUGAUGACUCUCUAGUCAGCUCUGGUCCCUUGUGAUACUAACACAGCAAUAUGUCAGCGGGUGGUGGGGUAAAUGCAGCUGGUAUAUGACAGCUCCUGCUGGAGCAGCAAACCAGGUGGGCUGGAACACCUUCCUGUAAUUGAACACUGCCCUAGAGCACUGAGGUGCUGAAAGUUUUGCACCAGCAUUUCCUCCCGAGGAACAAAAUCCGAGUCUGUCAAUUGGAUUCAUUUUGUGGCAGUGAACCCUACCUAAUGUAAUCUCCAAGACAAGAUACAAUGCCAAGUUUGAGGCAGUUCAGUGAGGUGUACCAGCAGAGACUUUUAAAUUUGUCUCUGGCAUUUUCAGUCACAAGACUGCAGUAGGAAAAGCAGUUCAUCCUGAAGUGCCAACAACUGUUAGCGAAGGGAGUGGUUGCAGGGGAGAAGAAACCUUAAAGCAACUUGGUAUUUGCUUUUCUGUUAGACUUAGAACAAAGGAUGCAUCUUCCUGAAGUGAUCAUUGCAGGAAUAAAUCAAUACAGUACUACCUAAUCCACUGCUCUUUGUACUUUGAUAGGGCUGCUUUUCUUCAUCAGCACUGAUGUUUCCUUUCAGGAUAAAGGCCAUUUCUGGGCCUCAUUUUCUCACAAACCAAA